AUCAACAACAACAUCAUCAGCAUCAACAACAACAACAUCAGCAACACCGUCACCAUCUAGAACAGAGGGGAGGGAAGACUGCGGCCUAGUCGGCCUCGGGCCAUCCCGAGUUUUCCUAGCGGACCCGCCGCGCCCGGAGCGCCUCCCCCGGCAGGAGUCGGGAUCGAAUAACGGGCUUGGCCCGAGCGAGUUCCCGCCUUUUCACGAGUUGAUUCCGCCCCCCGCCGUGGCUUUGUCGGCACGAGGCUUCUGCGCCGGUGAGUGUCAAGGGCUCCAACGGGCCCCAAACCGCUGCCCCGUCGUCACCGCCGCCGUGGACAAAGCGCCGAUGCUCGACAUCAUGAGCUGCGUGGAGAGGGACCUUCUGGACCUCAUGUUGCGCACGGGCUACAACGUCGUCCAGGAGAACGGACAGAGGAAGCUGGGACCGCCGCCCGACUGGCAGGGCCCCCCUCCCGCCCGCGGCUGCGAGGUGUUCGUGGCGAGGAUCCCGCGCGACCUGUACGAGGACGAGCUGCUUCCCGUGCUGGAGGCGGUGGGGCAGCUGUACCAGCUGCGCCUCAUGAUGACGUACGACGGAGAGAACCGCGGCUACGCGUUCGCCACCUUCGCGACGCGCUCGCAAGCCGCGGACGCCGUCAAGAGACCCCACGACUUGGAGAUCCGCCCGGGGCGACGGAUCGCGGUUUGCGUGAGCGUCGACAAUCGCCGCCUCUUCUUGGCGAGGCUGCCGAAGGACAAGAGGGCCGAGGUGAUGGCGGCGAUGAGCGACGCCACGGAGGGCGUCGUGGGCGUCGAGAUGCGCUUCUGUCGCUACGACAGGAGCCUCAGCCGAGGCUACGCGUUCGUCGAAUACGAGAGCCACCGCGCGGCCUGCAUGGCCCGCAGGGUGCUGCUGCCGUACUCCUUCCGGCUGUGGGGCCGGGACAUCAACGUGGACUGGGCCAUCCCGCAGCGAGAGCCGGGGGUCGAGUACAUGCUCGUCUCCUUCGAUCACACGGCGCGCAGGGCCCGUGUCUUGUCAACGCAGAGGAGCUGA